CCUCGGUACACUACACUACAGCCGAAAGAAAAAAAAGGGAAACACAAACUUAACUAUUACCGAAAAUUCUAUUUUCCAAAACUCGUUCAAAUGGUUGGGGUCUUCUUGGCGCAAGGCAUUCCUUUGUCAGGACGACAAGGAAUGUUGCUUUCUAUUUUCUUGACGGACUCUUUAGAUUUAGAAUUUUUUACCCCAAGAAUCGCCUUGGCUCUCGGCUCCCCCAUAUUUCGGAAAUAAAGCUAAAACCCCAUUUUUCGUUAAAUGGUAAACCUAAUUGAAAUGGGCGGGACUCUCGGGCGUCGAGGGGGUUGGUUUUUUGUGUUUUCCUUUUUUAAUUUUGGCUUCUUUCCUAAUCUUACUGGGCGAAAUUUGCAACCUCCUAUGGUUCUUCUAUUUUCAAACUAUACUAGAAAGGCAAUUGGGGUACUUAUUCUCUCCCCCUCCCAGUUUGAGUUUUAGUUGAAUUAUUUUACUAUAAGUACCGGCAACUGGUAUGCAAGAAAGGAAAAAGGCUGACCAUUCUGUACAUAUAUAUGGGAAAAAUUGGGGAAGAAAAAAUGUGAACCCUAAACCUUGGUUUACCUUAAAGUUUUUUUCGAAGAGUCCGAUAGCUUUUAAAUUUUCUUUUAACAUAAAAAAUCUUUUAGUUGACAAAAGUGAAGAAUAUGUACUUCGACUUUCAUCAAUUAUUAAAAGCAAAGAGGACAUUCAAAUCGUUUAUCAUUAUUUGAAUAAGUUGUUUAAGUGCUCAUUCAAAUGCUCCUACUUUGAAGACUAUAUAAUCAAUCCAGAAUUGAUUGAAUUAUUAUUUGGGGAAGCUAAACAAUUUUAUGUUCAAAAUUGCAAUAUCUCUAUUCAAAACCGCAAUAUUGGAAUUUUAAUGCGUUUGAUUUUGAAUAAUUUGGCUAGUGAAUAUCAUCGAAUUUCUUUUCAACCAAUGGGUGAUGACACUAUGAAGAAAUAUAAGGAUGAUUUGUUUAAAAUUUUAUUAAAUGGGGGAGACAAAUUUGGAAAGGUUAAUGUGAUGUUCCAUUGUACUCCAGGAUUCUACAAAAAUGUUUAUAAUCAUAUUGUUGAAUAUGUGGCAACCUCUAAAGACGUUUCGAAAAUGGUAGCUAUCAUAAUUUUAGAUUUCUCUAAUUGCGAAAGCCUUAAAUUACACGACAAGGCGACAAAUGUUGAAGUUAAGAAAUUAAAUGAUAAGAAAUCUACUACUUAUCAAGUUGUCAACAUUCACGAUCCAACGGUUAAAUUCUCGUUUUGUAAUGAAGAGAGUUUCUAUGUUAGAAUUACAAUUAUGAAGGAGUAG